CGUUUAACUGACCCGUUGCACAUGUGAGAGCGCAAUGAAGGCGACGCAGCGUUGAUCGAAACUUUAACAAAAACAUCGGAAUUACUCUAACAUUGGAAGAAAAGCAGACAUGAAAAAGAAGCAGACAGUCGCAGAGGACCCAGAAGAGGUAAGACUGGCGACAUCUGGGUUUAUCUUCGCUGCACACGUGAUUCCCUCAGACUCAUCUCAAAAGGAGGAUGAGGCUCCCAUUAAAACCAAAAGGAGCAAACCCGAGGAGGAGGAGGAUGAUGUGGUCUUUCACCCGGUGAAGCUGUCCAGAAGUGAUCUGUACAGACCUCCUUCAGCAGAGGAGCUAAACCAGCUGAAGGAGGCGGAAAGCUUGUUUCACUGCAGCCUGCUCAAGAUGCAGAUGGAGGAGCUGCUGAAAGAGGUCGCCCUGAGUGAGCGUAGGAAGCAGCGAAUAGAUUCCUUCGUUCAGACGGUCACCGAGCUGCUCCGGGCUGUGCCGCAGUCCCCGGAGGUUGAGGUCAGUGACCUGUCGUGGCUGUCUGGUGCAGUUAAGGUCCCGUUCCUCCUGGUGCCCAAAGCAACAAAAGGCAAGUUCCACAUGGCACCCCCUGCUUCUAUCGAUCUGAUCGGCAGCUACCCCCUGGGCACCUGCACUAAACCACGCAUCAUGGUGGAUCUGGCUGUGACAAUCCCAGCUGAUGUCCUCCACCCGAAGGACGUCGUGAACCAGAGGUAUCCGAGGAAAAGGGCUCUCUACCUGGCAGGCCUGGCCCAGUAUCUCACGUCUUCCUCUGACAUUGGGACCAUGCGUUAUUCCUGUCUGCAUGGGAAUCGACUCCGACCUGUUCUGCUGCUGACCCCUCCAGGUAAAGACUCUUCCAGCUUCACCGUAUGUGUUCAUGUGUGUCCCCCUCCUGGAUUCUUCAAGCCCAACCGCUUCCACCCCCAAAGGAAUAAUAUCAGGACAGAGUGGUACACCGGAUUGCAGUCCUCCCUGUCUGACAGCAGUGAACCUCCCACUCCACAUUACAAUAGUUCUGUUCUGGGGGAUUUGCUGCCCAGGGCUCACCUCCAGUUCCUUUCUGCUGUCAGCUCCCAGUGCUCAGCGUUCGCUGAUGGGGUGGCUUUGCUCAAAGUCUGGCUUCGCCAAAGAGAGCUGGACCAGGGCACUGGUUGUUUUAGUGGCUUCCUGGCCUCCAUGCUGUUGGCUUAUCUGCUGACAACUCACAGAAUCAGUAACACCAUGACAGCCUAUCAGCUGCUUCGAAACAGCUUGAACUUCCUGGCAUCUACAGACCUCACAGUGAAUGCAAUUACGCUAGCCAGAGAUCCUGACUCUACAGCUCCAUCCCUGGCAGAGUUCCACGGUGCUUUCCAGGUCGUGUUUGUCGACCCCUCAGGACAUCUCAAUAUGUGUGCUGACAUGACUGCUUGUACCUACAAACAGUUGCAGCAUGAGGCAUCUGUGUCGAUGCAGUUCUGGGACAACCCUACAGUGGAUGGGUUCCACAGCCUCCUCAUGACCCCCAAACCCAUGAUCAGGACAAGCGACCACGUAUUCCAGUUGUGUGAGCUGGUUAAGCUUCAGUCCAGCUGUAAGAAACUGAAUCUCCUCAGUGAGCUGAUGGACCACAGUGGAAAUUAUGUCCACACUGCGCUCCCUUUCAUUCUGACACUGCUUCAGCGAGGACUGGGCCAAAGGAUCCACCUCCUCACCCACUCCCUCUCUCCUGCCCCAGAGUGGUCUGUGGAGAGUGAUGCCCCAAAACACAAAGCCCAAACUCCUCUCUCAUUUGGUUUGCUCCUAAGGCCAGAGCUGGCAGCCUCUGCCCUGGAGAGAGGUCCACCUGCAGACAGCCCCAAGGCGGCUGAGUUCCGUCAGCUGUGGGGUUCUCGCUCCGAGCUGCGUCGCUUCCAGGAUGGUGCCAUCACUGAGGCCGUGCUGUGGGAUGGAGAGAGCAUGUGCCAAAAACAACUGGUCCCCAAACAGAUCAUCACACACCUGCUACAGCUGCACGCAGAUGUCCCCGAAUCCUGUGUGCGGUAUGUGGGGGCGAUGGUGGAUGACGUCAUCGCAACGGGAAAUGAGGUGCCUAGUACUGGAGAGGAGGAGAGUUUACUGGUAGUUCAGUCCUAUGAUGACCUGAGUAGAAAACUGUGGAGGCUGGAAGGUCUGCCUCUCUCCAUCACAGCAGUACAAGGAGCCCACCCUGCACUCAGAUACACACAGGUCUUUCCCCCUGUGCCACUGAAGCUGGACUAUUCCUUCUUUGACAGAGAAAAGGCUUCCAGAUCAUUGGUGCCAAAGGAAAGCAAACCCUGCCCUGCUUAUAUCACACCUAUCACAGUGAUCUGUCACAUGGAGGGGAGUGGAAAGUGGCCUCACGACCGCCUCGCCAUCCGCCAUAUCCGGGCUGCCUUCAACAUCCGUCUGGGAGAGUUACUCAAGAAACAUCAUAAUUAUACGUGCAGGCCCUGCCCCACACACCUGGAUGUCUGGAAGGAUGGCUUGGUGUUCCGCAUCCAGGUGGCAUACCAUCGUGAGCCUCAGGUGCUGAGGGAGAGCGUGAAUGCCGAGGGGCUGCUGGUUGUAAGGGACAACGAGGAGGCUCAGGCUCUAGAGAUGGAAACCAUUCACAAGCCUCUACUUACCAGCACAUUGCACGGGCUCCAGCAGCAGCACCCAUGUUUUGGGGCAGUGUGUCGUCUGGCCAAACGCUGGCUUGGGGCUCAGCUCUUCAGUGACGACAUCACAGAGGACACGGCAGACCUGCUGGUGGCGUCGCUUUUCCUGCAGCCUGCACCCUUUACUCCUCCCGGUUCUCCUCAGGUCGGCUUCCUUCGUUUCCUUCAUCUGCUUUCCUCCUUUGACUGGAGGAAUAACCCGCUGGUAGUCAACCUUAACAACCAGCUCACAGCUGCCGACUACACAGAGAUCAAGAAUGACUUCAUGGCCUCCAGGGAGUCUCUGCCUGUCAUGUUUAUAGCUACGCCUAAAGACAAAAAACUAUCUAUGUGGACCAAAAGAGCACCGAGUGUACAGAUGCUGCAGCGUGUGGUGAUGUUGGCUGCAGAGAGUCUUAAGGUACUGGAACAUCAGCUGAUGGACGGCAGCCAGAUACAGGAUGUCAGGGUGGUCAUGCGCCCUCCUCUAGAUGCCUAUGAUGUGUUGAUCCAUCUGAACCCCAAGCAGGUUCCUUUGCUCAGCCAGGCAGUGGACCCUCCCGCUGUCACCUUCAGCAGGGGCGUCAUGAGUAGUGGUGUGGCCCUUUCUGGAGGGGCCAUGCCUGUCAUCGACUACAACCCCGUGUCUCUCUACCUGGCAGAGCUCCAAGAGGCUUUUGGAGACCUAGCUCUCUUCUUCUGUGAUCCCUAUGGUGGAACAGUGAUCGCAGUUUUAUGGAAGCCGAAGGCCUUCAUCCCAGUGCCCUUUAAGACGUCACAGGUGUCUGCUCGGAGGGUCGAGGUGACUGGAGAGGAAGCAAAUACCUUUCCCAAUGUUGAAGCAAUACUGGAAGACUUCCGGGUCAUGGGAAAGGACCUGGUCAAAUCAGUGGAAGCAAGGACUGAGAAAUGGUCAUUUUAGACAACAGAUGUACACACACCAGAUUCACCAGCUAUAUUACAUUUUAGCAUUUGACAUUUUCACCUGAGAAGGUACAGUGAUAGCUUUGUUUUGUUUUGUCAAACAGAACAAUGGAAACAUGUCUACUGGAAACAUGAACAAAUUAUCCUAACAAUAUUAUGUGUUAAUAAUGUUGCUGUUAAAGACCAACCACAUGUUUGUUUUGUUGAAGCUGUAUGAUGUCUAAUAAAUGCAUACCUACUCUUUUGAUUUA